AUCUGCUACAAGUAAAACUAUAAGUGUUGGCCACAUUGCGUUCUCUUAAUUUUAACAUUCGUGUGAAUACGCUAAAACAGCGUAAUAACGUCGUCGUAAAUAAAAACACUCCGGGUAAAACCAUAGUCGGCCAUCCAGAAGCGGCGUCUGUUUGCGGAUCACACAUGCACCCACGUGAGUACUUAUUGAUUACAGAAACAUGAAGGUGAACAAACCCACACAGGUUAGGGGCCACGCUAAAUCUCAGAAGUGGAAGGAUGUGAGGGGUAAACGGUCCAGGCCGCCUAUCAGUUCCUCAGAGCUCAAGUCUAGUCCUGUCAUGGCCAGAGCGAUCAGGGAGCACCAGGCGUCUGUGAAGAAAAAGCCCACCCUAAAGAGAUUGCAGAGUAAACCAAAGUCUGUCUCUGACUCCAAGAAAAAGACUGCUCAGUCUGGAGUGAAGAAAUCUCACACUCAGGCUAAUGGGAGUUCAGCGUUUACAAUUGACAACGAGUCAGAGGACUCACAGGACUGGAAGGAGUAUUCCCAGUCCAUUCAUAGGAACGGUGUGGAGACUUCAGGUUACAUGGAAGAUGUAAAGCCAAGUAGACUGGAGGGAGACGCUCUCCAUCAUUGUGCACAGAGAGAUGAUCGGCAAAACCAUGCAGUACUUGUCAUGCAGAAGAAUCAGACCCUGUGUUUCCGUGGGAAGUGCUCUUUGACUUGUCUGUACGGCCGUGUAGAAGUGAUGGGGUUCACCAUUGAAGAAGGCCAGCAGUCAUACCCACUCUUCUCCCCAGCCACACAUUGUCCUCUGACCAUUAGAGCACUGGAAAGCUCUGAUCACACCAGAGAUGACAGAACGGAGGCUUCACCCAUCCUUCGAAAGUAUUUGCCAUCAGCAUCGCGGAAGAAGUUGCUAAAAAGGAUUAUGCCAAGCUCGUCCAUCAUUCUGCUGGAGCCAAUGGAGACGCCUCUGACUCGUUUUCUGUCAAGCUUCACAGAUCUUACUGAAUUAUUCAGCCCCCCAAUGAGUGAACUCAUGUCAGCUGUUCUUGACACUCCACUCAAUGGUUUGGGUAUGAUUCCCCUGGUCAGCGCCAUUGAGGGUCUGAAAAUGCCAAAAAGCUACAGCGAUGCUCUUAACACAGUGGUCAGUGCCUGCAGAGGGGACAUGGAUGGUUGUGCAGUUAUCCUUGUAUGCGGUACCAAGAAUGUGGGCAAGUCAACAUUUAUCCGCAUCCUCAUCAAUACCUUACUAAAUCAUACUAGUAGUGUCGAUUAUUUGGAAGGCGACCUCGGUCAAACAGAGUUCACACCUGCUGGAUGCCUGUCUUUGUCGACUGUCAGAGAACCACUUCUGGGUCCUCCUUUCACACACCAGUUCACACCGGACCACAUGAUCUACUAUGGUCAUUCGUCAUGCGAGUCUGACUUAGACCGCUACCUGGAAUCCCUUAAGUCCUUGUGGCGCAGACGCUCCAAGAGCCGAGAGACUCCUGUUAUUAUCAACACCAUGGGCUGGGUCAAAGGAUUCGGAUUUCAGAUGCUAGUGGACAUGGUCCGCUUCUUCCCAGUCUCACAUGUCGUGCAGCUCAGUCAUAGUGGUAUCAUGCAGUGUCCCGCCCUCACUCCAGAGUUUCUGAGGACAGCACACGGCUACCAGACACACCCACCUGCCCAGACCGCCCUGGACGAGUUUACGGAGAGCCACAGUCCCCCCAGAAGUUACACUCACCUUAUUGUACAAUCAGAGUUUCAAGGAGUGGGGCGCCAAGGAACAGCGAAACACCAGCGCACUAAUGAGCUCAGAGAGCUGUCAUUGCUGGCCUAUUUGAGUCAGCUGCAGUCUUCUGACCCUGGACCAGUUAGACCUCUACACAGCCUCACCCCAUACCAGGUGCCCCACACAGCAGUUGCUUUAGGUGUGAUCCAUUGCGAGGUAGUGCCCAGCCACAUGUUUUAUGCUGCCAAUGCCAGUCUGGUGGGACUCUGCUGCCUGGGAGAGAAAGUAACAAGCAGGGGAGGCCCUGUCCUGCUGUCGCAGGCACCCAUCUGCCCAUGUGUGGGCUUUGGUGUGCUUCGAGGUAUUGAUACGGAGCGAGGGCUGUACUUUCUGCUGACGCCUGUAGAUCCCUCGAUCCUUCGUAAGGUCAACUGUCUCCUCUUGGGAGCGAUAUCACUGCCCUCCUGCAUCCUCACAACACAGCCUGGCUUUGAAGGAGAGAUGCCCUAUGUCACAACAGACUACAGUUUUGAUCUCUCUGGUGCAGGAAAGAUGCGAGUCUUCAAGGGACUGAUGAGACCAAGUCACAUAGGGAUGUAAUGACAUUUUCUACACAGCAUCUGCUUAUUGCCCUUUACUCUUUUUGACCUGUGUCUCAUGCCAAACCAAUCACUUUUGGCCUUUGAAUGUACAGAACAGCGUGUGAGGCAGACAGUUUUUUUAAAUUUCACGAUUCAGUUUUGACAGAGCAGCCAGGCUUACAGACUCUGCAGGAAGACAUGGCUGCCUUCCUGUUACUGCACUUCCUGACUGAAAACUGGGUGUUCUCACCAUGUCUUACAACCCCCUACUGUACGUACUCUUGAUGGCGCUGUAAAGAAGUUUGUGUUUUCUGUCACAUGGACAAUAAGAUCACACUUUGUAGUUGAAGCUCUUGUUUGAUGUCUCUUAUUUGUAGAUUGCAUUCCAAAGCUGCAAAUCAAUACAAAACCCGCCAGAUAUUAAAUGAGAAACAACUUUGGUUCA